AUGGCACAUUUCCGUUCCUGUUAUUAUGAUAUAGUAACCCUCAUCAAGGAGCAUGGCAGCUUUACGCAAUGGGGUCCACGGAGCUCGCCGUUCAGGGUGGUUGAAAAGAAUUCCCUCAACACACCAGCGAGCACCAAUACUACUUCUAGUAGUGAAGCCUCCUUCCACACGACAACUAUAUUAUCACUAUGGCAACGAUUUUUGGAGCGAGUGGAUCCUGUUCUGAAGAUGAUCCACGUCCCAACUACCCAGCAAAAGAUAGUAGAUGUCGCCACAGCUCGAGUUACUGGCGGUAUCGAAAUGCAAGCUCUGAUAGGUUCUAUAUGCUACUCUGCGGUUGUCACUACAUCAGUUGAUGAGUGCUGGCAUGAAUUUGGCAGAGGAAGGGAAGAAAUUCUCGGAGAGUAA